CAAAUCAAAGCCUAAGGUUGACGGUAGGACCAGCUGGAGGGCGACUUCGUGGCAGCUGACGAACGACCAAACGCAGUCACCAAAUACAAAAGACCAAGAAAAAGUGAAUCUCAGAGUCGUCGGAAAUGAGCGAAGAAGGACUUCCCAAGCUCUACGCCAACAAACCCACGAAAGCUCAGAUCAAACAAUUUCAAGAACAGCACAAAGCCGGAGACGCUUCUUCUUCAGCAUCAUCUAGCAUGGCAUCCGCGUCUUCUUCUUCUCCUCCACCGCCGCAGCCUCCGAAAGAAUCGUUUGCAAGACGAUAUAAGUUCUUAUGGCCCAUGCUUUUGACUGUUAACCUUGCUGUUGGAGCUUACGUGUUUAUGAGGACAAAGAAGCAAGAUGAACAUGUAGCAGAAGAAGAGGCUGCCCCGGAUUCAGCUAAAACCACUAAGAUUGCUGCUCCUGUUGUUGAGGAAUCAUUGGCCAAACCAGCCAUUGUGGAGCCUGUGAAGGUAAGAGAACCGAUUCCGGUGGACCAGCAGCGUGAACUUUUCAAGUGGAUUUUGGAAGAGAAGCGCAAGAUAAAGCCAAAGGAUCGUGAAGAGAAGAAACGUAUCGAUGAAGAAAAAGCAAUUCUCAAAGAGUUCAUCCGGGCAAAAUCUAUUCCUAAUAUUUAAAAACUUUACAAUUGUAGCACGCAAAAACAUACUGAUUAUUUCAACAUUGCUGAUGGAAUCUGAAUGUUGUCGAUUUCUGUGGUUCUAGAA